UCAUUGAGGAUGAUUCUAUUAGGAAAGAUAAAAGCAGAGGUGUUGAAGAACUUGAACAUGGAGACAGAGUCAUGUUCCAUCUGUCUUGAGAAUCUCUCCGGUCCGAAACCUUGCGGCUUCAUGACACGCAUGACUUGUUCCCAUGUAUUUCACGGUUUUUGUCUCUUGGAGUGGUUCAAGCGUAAACACACUUGUCCGUUGUGUCGGACUGUGCUCUAG